CCAGCUGAGGGAGGUCCCGGCUGACAUGGCAACCACUCUGAGCGGAACCUGAUCUGAGGGAGUGGACAGAAAGCAGGAGCUCGCCAAGGCCCCGACUGAAGCUCUGAGUCACACUGGCCUUUGUUCCUUGCUUGCUCUCGCCCUUGGCUGAGGGGCAGUCGGGGAGCCUUCUGCCAGCUCAGAGCACUGGCAAUGUUACCUGUGUGGACCUCUUAGGAAACGUACCCUGGUGUGGGCAAAGAGGACAGAGGAUAGACUUGGACAUCUUGCUCCUGCAGAUGUGGUCGCAGCCUGACCAUGGUGGUCACCCAGCUGAAUCUGGAGUUUCGCUUCCAGGGCCAGAAGCUGCGAGGCUUCAGCUGUGAACUCACCCGGUCCCCCCAUGGAGUCUUCCCUGAGACCAUCUUCACUAUCAUUUGCCAGAUUGUGGUGCCCAUUCUACUCUCCGGCUUGGGCAUGUUGACAGCCGGCCUGGUGAUGAACACCAUCCAACACUGGCCCGUGUUUGUGGAGGUUAAAGACCUGUUGACGUUGGUGCCACCUCUGGUGGGCCUGAAGGGGAACCUGGAAAUGACACUGGCAUCGCGACUCUCCACAGCUGCCAACACUGGACAAAUUGAUGAUCCCCAGGAGCAGCACAGAGUGAUCAGCAGUAACCUCGCCCUUAUUCAGGUGCAGGCCACAGUUGUGGGGCUCCUGGCUGCUGUGGCUGCCCUGCUGCUGGGUGCUGUGUCUAGGGAGGAGUUAGACUUUGCAAAGGUGGAGUUGUUGUGUGCCAGCAGCGUCAUCACUGCCUUCCUCGCCGCGUUCGCCCUUGGAAUGCUGAUGGUCUGUAUAGUGAUUGGCGCUCGGAAGUUCGGAGUCAACCCAGACAACAUUGCCACACCUAUUGCUGCCAGCCUGGGGGACCUCAUCACAUUGUCCAUUCUGGCUUUUGUUAGCAGCUUCUUCUAUAAACACAGAGAAAAUCGAUAUCUAACACCGCUGGUCUGUAUUGGCUUCAUGGCCCUGAUCCCCAUGUGGGUCCUCAUUGCCAAGCAGAACCCACCCAUCAUGAAGAUCCUGAAGUUCGGGUGGUUCCCAAUCAUCUUAGCGAUGGUCAUCAGCAGUUUUGGAGGUCUCAUCUUGAACAAGACUAUUUCUAAACAGCAGUACCAGGGCAUGGCCAUAUUUACUCCCAUCAUCUGUGGUGUUGGUGGCAAUCUGGUGGCCAUCCAGACCAGCCGGAUCUCCACAUACCUGCACAUGUGGAGCACGCCUGGUGUCCUACCCCUCUGGAUGAAACAGUUUUGGCCUAACCCAUGCUCCACGUUCUGUACCUCAGAAAUUAAUUCCAUAUCAGCCCGAGUCCUGCUCUUUCUGGUGGUUCCAGGCCAUCUGAUUUUCUUCUACAUCAUCUACUUGGUGGAAGGCCAUUUGGUCCCAAACAGUAAGAUCUUUGUGGUGUUCUAUCUGCUAGCAAGCCUAAUCCAGGUGACGAUUCUGCUGUACCUGGCAGAAGUGAUGGUUCGGCUGACAUGGCACCAGGCCCUGGAUCCAGACAACCACUGUAUCCCCUAUCUCACAGGGCUGGGGGACCUCCUAGGAACUGGGCUCCUGACUCUGUGCUUUCUUAUCAACUGGUUAUUGAGGAGUGAAGCAGAGCUGGAUGGCAUCUCAGAAGCGGCAUCUGGACCUCCCUAAUGAACUCAGGCAGCCCCAGUUGCUCAGUAGAAUUUUCCUUCACACCAGAAGGGUACAGAAUACAGUUUCUCCCUGGCUGGGUCCUCAGGAAGGAUGGUUGACAUCCUGCCUCUGCAAUGGCCCUUUGUCAGUCUGCUAAUGACACUGACGCACAUCUUGACUCUGGAGUUGGAACCUGAGCCUGUGAGGGUGAGGGAGGUCUGAAAUCAGAAGCUUUGUUUGUGUGUCGAUGUGACUGCAUGUUCCUGGACAUAAGUGUGUACCCCUGUGCUUGGUGAGUGCACAUAAGUGCACAUGUAUGUGUGGAGAGCAGGGGACUCUGGCCUGAAGAUGCUGAAGGAAGAGACCUGUCCAGUGCACUCAAGGGAUAUGCUGGCCCUGUUCUGUGUCCAUGCAGCUUGGAUUGGGGAGGAGCAGGAAGGAGACACCUUCUAUGCUCAAGCCUCAGGACUGACCUAUGGCUUAAGCACAGCCUUCACUGGGUCCAAGCUUUGUGGGCCAUUCUGCUGGUGUGUCUGCAAAUGUGCAACCCUUUCCAGGACAGCCUUCCUUGCACACCCUCCUUCUGCUCCUAGUACUUAAUCCUAUCAAUGUGUUUUCUCUUUUUCUUUUUAUGUUUAAGCAAAACUUCUGUUUAGAUUUUAACAAUCAGGGAAGUAUAAAAUAAAACAUAGAUUAUAUUAUA